UCUGAGGGAUGCGCGUGGAGAUGUCAGCCAUACGGGUUUUGUGCGGGCUGAGCAUCCUUGCCGCACACGCCUAUAGCGCGAGAGUUGUAAGCGGCCAGACGGUGUGCCAAGGCGGUCCGGAGCAGCCGUGCUACAAGAUUGCUUACUUUCGCGAUAUGACGAGUCGCGUAGCCUUCUGGGAGGCGCGGCAGGCCUGCGAGAUGGACGGCGGCACCCUGCUGAGCAUAGAGGGCGCCAGCGAGCAAAGACACAUCGAGAGACUGCUGCAGGAGCUGUCCAGCUCCAGUUCGGGAUCGUCUGGCAUUGCUGAUGGAGACUUCUGGAUCGGCUUGACGCGGGCGGAUGGGGACGGAACACAAGAGCAUGCAUCCUUUACUUCCUGUCCGGACCUGUACCGCUGGACUGAUGGGAGCGUGUCAGAGUUCAGGAACUGGUAUUUUGAUGAGCCGUCGUGUGGCGGGGAGGCGUGUGUGGUGAUGUACCACCAGCCCACGGCUCAGCAUGGCCUGGGUGGGCCCUACCUCUACCAGUGGAACGACGACCGCUGCAACAUGAAGCACAACUUCAUCUGCAAAUAUGAGCCAGUGUACAUGAAGCACAACCUCACAUACGAGCCAGAGAGUCACCUGGUGAAAGAGCAUGGAGACAGACCAGCAGUUCGUGAAACAGAUGUGCAGAAGCCAGAUGAUUCCAAGGACUCCAAAUCAGCAGGGACAUCAGAUAGCGGAGACACCCCUGUCAUCGUGGCAGACCCCUCAGGAAUGUUCCUGGUGUAUGUGAUCAUUCCGACCAUUCCGCUGCUCCUUCUCAUCCUGGUGGCCUCGGGGACCUGCUGCUUCCAGAUGCUCAGCAAGAGCAAGCCGAGGACAAAGACAAGCGUUAAUCAGUCGACUCUAUGGAUCUCCAAGACCCCAAAGUCAGACAGCGCCAUGGAGGUGUGAGAGAGCGACCAGGUUCGAGAGUUGGCAUAAAAAAUUACCAACGAACAAGUGCCCACCCCCACCAACCCCACCGGAUGGGCAAUGUGGCAAAGUGACUGUUGUCUGCUUUGUGAAAAAGUGCUGCUUUGGUUUCUUUUGCACAGUCAAAUUCUGCAGUGUGAAUUCAAUUCUUAGAACAGUGGUUCCCAAACUUUGUCUGCAAGGAAACCCUUUUGGAUCCAAUUGACAUUUUCCAAUCAUAUUCUGGGGCCAUUCUUAGUCCAUUAAUCUAGGCUGUCCACUAAUAUAGCCUGCAAUUCCCAGGAAAAACAAAUGGAUCUAUUAACCAUAUAUUUGAAUACUGUUACUGACCAAUUUAGGGAAUUAUAUUAACUGAAAACCUGUUUAGUACCUUCUGUCUGUGACCCCCCUGGGCCUGCAGUACCUCCAUGACCCCCUUAGGGGUCCCAACCCCCGGUUUGGGAAACAGCACUCUAAGUGUAAGUUGUGACUCCCUAAGCGCUGAAUUAUCACUGUGAAACUUAACUGUCUGCUUGUCUGCAACAGCAGUGCGCUGUCUCUCUGUCUGUCUGUCUUUCUCAAUGUGUAAACUGUCCAACAGUCUGAGGCCUAGCGCAACAACACGCGGUGACAUUCUUCGGUGUGAGCUGUCUGCAUGUUUAAUCAGUGUUAAUGCGUGUGUAUCUCAUCAACGUUUACCAACAAUACACUUAGUCAGUCAGUCAUCCAUCAUUCUUCAGUCCUUAAUCUUCUCUCCUCUCUCACUUCACUCGUUCUUACCUUGUGAUUUUCAGUUUUCAUCUGUCUGCAUCUCUCUCUCUUCCACUCUGGAUUUCUCUCUCUCUUCCUUUGCCCCACUCUAUUUAACACUUUAUUUCUCUGCUUGUCUUUCAUUCUUAUUCGCUCUCUGUCCUUUUUCUCCACCUCUUCUCCACUCUAUUUCUCCAUCUCCAACCCCUUGUUUCUUCUUUUCCUCCUCCACCCCCCAAACUCUGUUCCCUCUCUCUUUCUUUCUCUCAUGCUGUGAUGUGAGGGGGAGCCCUUCCUUUGACAUUGCCCCUCUCUCUCUCUCUCUCUCUCUCUCUCUCUCUCUCUCUCUCUCUCUCUCUCUCUCUCUUUCUCUCUCUUUCUCUCCCUCCCUCCAUCAGUUGCUAGGGGAGGAUCUAACUCUAAUUGGCACCAAGCGCAGGGAGCGAAUUAAUUACAGUAAUUAAGACAGAUGCAAAUGGGAUGGAGAUAAAAAAGGGGGUAUUGAGAGUCUCAGCUGACGCAAAUAGGGUCACGGCUAUUGCAGAUAGACUUUGAGGAACACAGAGGCACACAGAAAACACACAACACACAAUCAAAAGAAAAUACAUGAAGAGGUGCUGAACGCUAUGGUGUUGUGUGUGUGUGUGUGUGUGUGUGUGUGUGUGUGUGUGUGUGUGUGUGCGUGUGCGUGUGCGUGUGAAUGUGUGUAUUUACUUUUUGUGUGCAUGCAUGUAUGUGGGUCUGUGUCUGAGAGAGAGAGAGAGAGAGCCAGAGAGAGAUGGAGGGAGGGAGAAAGAGAGAGGAUAGAGAAUAGAGAACUCUCACAUGCUUUUGUUAUGAAAUUUGAACUCAGUUACAACAAAAAGAGACGAAAAUUCCCUCUUCAAAUCCACUCUCUUAUCUCAAAGCAGCAACGCCUAACGUUCACUCCCUCCAAGAAACUACUUUCAUCUGGAUUAAUGCUUUCCGAGUUCAGAGCAAUUUAUGAAAUUAGGUUAAUGUGUAACUUAACCGACACCCAUCUUUGUGUUUUAGGUUUUUUACAGCAUUAAGCAAUGACCUAAAGUAGGAUUCGUAUAAAAUACAUUGUAUUGAAAACAUUCAGCAAAAAAAAGAAUAAUAUGACAUGUUAAUAUUGAAAAAAAACAUAUUUUUUAGUUAUAUUAGCAUCAAACCUUUUGUGCAUGUGAAAAUAAUAUUUUGAAGUAUUGAUUUCUAGUUUGUAUACUUGCAAAUAUUUUUCAUGCAUAUGCUUAUGUGAAUCCAUUGAAUUUGUAUUGAUCUCAGACGCUCUGUGGUCAUGCUGCCAUUCCUGUGUGUUAGCGCGUAAAAUCUGGACGAGAUGAAGGGUCCCAUAUCCAAAUAGACAUGUAUAAUCAUGGACAUCCAAAUGGGAAAACCUGGUGUAGAAUAAAAACAAGCUGGAAUUCAUAAAAGACAAAGGUCCACACCGGGGCACAACGAAGAGUUCAAAUUAUUAUUAUUUUUUAAAUUUAGGAGACAUUUGCAACAUUUGAAACAGUCACCUAAAUAAAAACAUAAUAAUACUUCUAGAUCUUCAGUCUUCAAAUCACCUGCGUCUUUUACUCAAAUCCAUAUCCACAUACUAACUACGCUAGAGCCAUAGCAGGACUGAAUCAGGUCCCGAUCCAUGUUAUACAGUAUUUAUUGGAAUGUGUGUUUUAUCGCUGUUGUUACAUAGCUUUUACGAUGGAUAUAUCACACACCAUGAUGGACAGUGACAGAUGUGCAGUGAACUAGUGAAGAUUUGGGACACGACAGAGUGCAGCUGCUUUCGGUUGUGUGUGUGCUGUAUGUGGGGAAGCAUUGUGUUGGUCGCUUUGAGGCCCGUUAUCUUGAAAGCAUCAUUGCUAACCAGUUAGCAACUUCGGAGGUUGCCAAUGGGAAAUUGCAUUGCAACCAAGUAAGUUACUACAGUAACUUAGUUAGCAGCAAUGCAGUUGAGAAACGCACCCCAGAUGAUAAUAAUGAGUUUUGUUGUUUUUAUACUCCUUGGUCCUUGUUACCCGUCUCCUGUCUCCUGCCGCAUGUACAGUACUGUUUAUCGUCGACGGGGAUAAAACACGUUAAAGAUGGAAAAAAUGGAAAUGGGAUUAUUUUUCACUCGUACCUCCUUUUGUGAACAUGAAAAAUAAAAUAAAAGUGCGUAGUGUGUGUUCUGUACACCUGAUGACUGCAG